AUGGCUAUUUCUAAACAACUUCUUCUCGCCCUUUCUCUUCAGGCCAUCACCGGCUGGGCAGCUCCCGAGGGCAUGCUCGUGGAGCGACAAUCUGGAUCAAGCUACGAGGCAAACCCCAACAUCGGACCCGGUGGAAGCCAGUUCAAAGACUCGAACCACUUCCGCGUCUAUGGCAACAGCGGCCAGGCUGACAAGGCCCUUUCCAUGCUCGAGGCCGCAUAUGACUGCUUCGUCGGCACCCUGGGCUUCCGAACCUCCGGUCUCUCGUUCAACGAUGCUUCCAACAAUGGAAAGAAGACCAAGACCAAUGUCUACUCGGUUGCCAGCCUGCCUGGAGCAGCUGGCGUCAUGCACUCUGAUUUCUCAACCGUCCACGAGUACGGCCACGUUUUGCACUACCAUCAGAAGACUUGGGUAGACCAGGGCCGGACUGGAGCUUGGUGGGAGACUUUUGCCAACUGGGUCGCUGACACAUAUCGCACUUCUGAUCUAUGUGCCUCUGCUCGUCGGGCCCAUGGACAGGCUACCGAGAACACCGAGAUUGAGCUGCACAAGACCAUCGGCGACUCUUUCCAGCCCAUUGUUGACGGUUCAGUCGACACUGGAAACUAUUACCAGGCUUGGCCCUUCUUCACAUACCUGACCAACAACCCUGACAAGUACGCCAAGCUGGGUACUGAUACCCUUCACCAAAUGAUGGUCCAGUACAAGGCCAACAGCAACGAGACACCUCUCCACACCCUGCAGCGUGUGGCCGGCAGCACCACCGUUGCCCAGAUCGUGGGAAGUUACUGGGCUCGAAUGGCCUACGUUGACAUUGGUCACGCCUCUGCCCACCAGACCUUCCUCGAUCAGCGUCGCUCUCUGAACUACGCCAACGUCGACUCCAACGGCAACGGUAAAUACACCGUCAAGUCAGCCCGUCGACCUCAGUACAUGGGUGCCAACAUCAUCCCUCUCAAGACCUCGAGCACCACCGUCAAGGUCCAAAUCACUGCCAACGGCGCUUACACUGCGACUCUUGCCCUCUUCCGCAACGGCGCUACUCGUUACGUCAAGGUCGACGGCUCUGCCUCUGUCACUGUCGCCUCUGGUGAGGAGGUGAGCCUUGUUGUUGCCAACACACCUAGUCUUAUCCUUUACGACCCUUUCAACCUGUCUGCUGAGGCUAAGAAGGGGCUUGACUACUCUUUCACCCUUACUGGAGCUACUGUUGCUUGA